GAUGCAUUGCUACCUCCUCCUCUAGCACCCGACAUGAAAUCCUGAAAGAAAGGGAUUCCAUUCUAUGUUCUCCAUUUAGGGCAGGAAGUCCACAUGUUGCUGGACUCUCAACUUCCAUCAGCCCCAGCAUAGACUCAUUGAAAUGAAUGAACAUGGCUAAAGUAGGCAAUUAAUUAUGAUGGAUCUACUCUAAACAAGGCUGAAUUGAAUACCACCCUUCAACUCUACAAUGGCCCUUAUUGUUAUACAUUUUCUAAUGUGCUAAUCCCUUCUCCUACAUCCGUUGUCCAGGUAGAGAGAGAGUUAAUAGUGCCCUGGGCAGCUGCCAAUGCUGGAAGGUCCUAGCGGCUCCAGGUUCUGAACUAUGUAUCUCUUUCUCAAAUAAGCGAAGCGAAUCACAUCAACCAUCAUGUGAUUGAGCACUGCCUCUAAGGGCUUAAUGAAGGAGAGCUUUUCUACCGUCUCUUGCAUCUUUCUUUCUCUCCCUAUCUUCCUUUUACUGCCUUGGCCCAUGUGCUUGUGGCUUUUUCUGUCUGUCAUUUGGCAAGUUGGCAGGGGGUGGGGAGGUGUGUGUCUGCGUCUCCGUAGCUUGAAACUCCAGAGGGUCUUACAGCAUCGAGUAUUACUUUGCUGAGUUUUUCAUCUCUCCUGGACAAUCCCAACAUGGGUCACUGAAAUAAGCAAGUGGAUCUCAGCCAGGCAACUUCACUUCUUCCUGCUGAACCUUCAUUGUAUUGUCUGGACAUAAAAGACCGAGAUUGCCAAAAUGGACAACAACCUGCGUUUUGACUUCCACAGAAAGAUCACUGGGCACCUCACCUUCCCUCUGCUGGCUGUCACACUGCUGUCAUCGUUUGGGUCAUCCAUGCUGUAUGGCUACAAUCUGGCUGUGGUGAACUCUCCAGCAGCGCACAUCAAAGCCUUCUAUAACACAACAUGGUUGCGGCGCUAUGGAGUGGGCCUGGCUCCAGGGCGGCUCACUCUCAUGUACUCACUGACUGUCUCGAUCUUUGCCCUGGGAGGCCUGGUGGGAUCCCUGCCUGUGGGAAUACUGGUAACCCAAUAUGGAAGGAAUGGUACCUUGGUCCGUAGCAACGUCCUCGUCUUCCUGGCUGGCAUGUUAAUGGGAUUCAGUCGCUACUUGGAAUCACCUGAAAUGGUCAUAUUCGGACGCUUCAUAACUGGUGUUCACUCUGGGAUCUGUCUCAGUGUGGUGCCCAUGUACCUAGGAGAAAUUGCCCCUAAGAACCUGCGUGGAUUCUUGGGCCUUGUACCAAGCAUUUUCAUCUGUCUGGGGGUCUUCUCUGCCCAAGUCCUGGGCCUUCCAGAGCUGCUGGGAGAGGAUGCCUACUGGCCUCUGUUCCUCUCGCUGGUGGUUGUUCCUGCCUUCCUGCAGCUGAUCCUCCUGCACUGGUUUCCAGAAAGCCCCCGUUACCUUCUUAUUGAGAAGAAUAAUGUCGUUGGAGCUACUGAUGCACUGCGUUGGUUCCUGGGCAAGUACGACGUGCAGGAUGUCAUUGAAGAGAUGCAGGAGGAGAAGCGCUCGCUGGCUUCUGUGGAGACGGUGUCUGUGUGGCACCUGCUCUUGGAUCCCUCUGUGCGAUGGCAAGUUCUCUCCGUCGUGGUGAUCAACAUGGGCAUGCAGCUCUCAGGGAUUGACGCGAUCUGGUUUUACACAAAUGUCAUCUUUGAGAAUGCCGGCAUCCCUGACCCAGAGAUCCCCUACACUACGGUUGGCACGGGUGCGAUUGAGGUUGUUGCUGGCUUGAUAGGCUGCUUCACCAUUGAGAAGCUGGGACGUCGCCCUCUCAUCAUAGUUGGGUUCUGUUUCAUGGGCAUCUGCUGUGCAGGCAUCACCUUGUCCCUGAUUCUGCAGGCAGCUGUAUCCUGGAUGCGUUACGUCAGUGUGGCAUGUGUCAUUGGCAUCAUUGCAGGAUUCUGCAUGGGACCAGCUGGAGUUCCAUUUCUGAUGACAGCUGAACUCUUCAAGCAGUCGCACCGGCCAUCAGCCUACAUUGUGGGUGGGUCCCUCAACUGGCUCUCCAACUUCACUGUUGGCUUUGUGUUUCCCUUCCUGCAGAUGUCUGCUGGUGCCUUCUGCUACCUGGUCUUUUGUGGCGUCUGCCUUUUGGUGGCACUGUAUGUCUAUUUCAUCAUCCCCGAGACCAAAAACAAGACGUUUGUGGAGAUCAGCCACAUGUUUGCCUCUCGCUCCUCCUUCCUCUCCGGCUUGCCAGAUUCUGUCAAGAUGAUCAAGUUCAAUGGUUAUGGUUAUGGUACCCUGGAGAACAGCUCCCUGGAACUCUCUGGCUCAGGAUCCAACCUUCCAUGAUGAUCUCCCAUUCAGUGUUUUGGGGGUUCCAUUUCUCCUAUUGUUGGGAAGCCACCUCAGUGAAAUGGCAAAGGGAGACAAUAAUAUUGAUUCUCUUCCUGUAACUUCUUUCAUCUUGCCUGGACCAGCAGUACAAAAGGGACCGGGGGAAGACUUUGGGGAGAAGCAUCUAAUUUAAACAUAAGAAGUCUGACUCUGCCCCCAGGUAUUUUGGGUGCACUUCUGUCCCAAAUCCUUUCUUCCUCCUUCACUGUCUUCUUCUGAGGGCAUUGAGGGAUAGCUAUCCUCAGGAACUUGGUUUAUACACACAGUUUUUUUCAGAAUGUCAUGAAUGGGACUCAUCCUCUUACCUUUAAGGCAUUUUGAGGAUUUUUUUUGGAGACCUCACCUGCUUCCCGAUUUUUCUGGUAGUCAUGCCAACACGUGACUGGAAAUCCUAUUGAGAGAUCACCAAUAACAAGUCUUCCCAGCAGUGCUGCAACUAAACAGCAACGUCUGAACCACACCAAAAGACGAACUCAGUACCUACCCUGUUUCUCCUAAAAUAAGACAUAGCCA